ACCAAUAUGAACGUUCACGCAUCACAAAAAAAGAUGCAAUUGCACGUUAUAAAAACGUGAAUGUAUUCACGUAAAGUUAUUACGAAAUAUAACUGAUAAUUUUUAAUAUAUUUAAAGAAUUAAUAAAAAUUUACUCUUUUUCUCUCUCUCUCUCUUAAAUAUAUAUACAAAUACAUUAGAUAUGUUACAUUUAACGAAUACAUUGUCACCACAAGAUAUAUUAGCAGAGGUUAGAAAAUUUAUUUCAUCGGCUGUCAGACCUCAUAAUACAAAUACUCUUGAUGUAACAAGAACAGCAUUGUUUUUACUUAAAAAUCUUCCUGCUGCAAGAGAUGCUGUACUUGAGUAUUUUUGUAAUGUAUUCUGUAUUGCAGUUACAAAAUAUGUACGGCAAAUUGAGACAAAUCAAAGUGUAGUUAUAUCCGAGGAAGGUAUUAUUAUAGAAAUUUAUACUGUAUUAAGUAAUUUCAUUCAUGGAAAUCCGGAAGCAUGGGCACCGAUUAUAUCAGCAUGGUCUUUGGAAUUGCUUGGUAAAUUAUCAUCAGAAUAUUCAAAACGAGGUAAUUUACCAACCAAUGCUGGAAUCAAUGAUUUUUUACAACAAUGGAUGUCUUGUCGUGCUACUCGUACAUUGAUCGACAUCACGGCGCAAUGUCUUCAAUGUCUUAUGCAUUCUGAUACAGAAUCUUGUAUUAAAGCAUUACUGGAUACUAGCGUAUUACAUAGUCCGCAUUUUGAUUGGGUUGUUGCUCAUGUGGGAAGUUGUUUUCCAAACACAGUUAUUACAAGAGUAUUAUCAUGCGGAUUAAAAGAUUUCUGUGCCAUGGGCUAUGAAUAUAAUCUAAAGAAUCCAAAAUUGAAUUCUGUCGUUGGUAUUCUAGGACACUUAGCUGGUAGUCACUUUCAGGAUAUUAGAACUGCCCUGUUGGAUUUAUUUAAAUGGAGUUUGGAUGAAAACAUAAAUGUUGACGAAGAUACGAGACAGCAAAAAUUAGCUACUGUACCAUUUCUGUUGAAACUAGCUUCUCUUUCUCCAACGUUAUUAAAAGCAAUAACUAGCGAUAUUUCGCAAAUACUAAAUCCUGAUGUUAUUCCACGACUUGCUUUAUAUGCCUCAGAUUGGUGUAAAUAUUUCAAUAAUCAACCGGAGGCACUGAUUGACUUAGCUGUACACUUAGCAUUAGGUUGUGAACAAGGAGCAUCCCAAAUAAUAAAUAUUCUAUUAGAUACUAGUUUGAAUACAAGCAAUGUUGGAUAUCAUAGUGUUAAUGCAACUCAGAGUGUCAAGAAUGUAUGUCGUGAAAUAUUAGAGUUAAUGCUACAAGAAAUAAAUUUAACUUUUAGGACACACAGUGUACAGUCUGCAAAUAUUUCUCUUUUAAAUUCUAUUAAACAAGAGUUACUUGUGAUAAUACCAUUACUUCUAAAUAGAGAUCCAUUACGAGUUCAAACAGCAGUGAGGCUAUUGUGCUUCAUUGGUGGACAAAGUUCUAAUAUUUUAAUAUCUGCUGCAUCAUUUAUGUUGGUAAAAGCCCAAACAACAUUUCAUUUAGCUGCAUUGAUACAUCUUAUUUCUAACAAUUCUAUAUUGUUUCCCGUAAACAAACCCGAGAGUGAAACUAUGUUCGCUAAUCAUGGUUAUUUUACACAAAUAGUAGAACAAGCACUUCGAGAAAUUCAUUAUAAAAGUGUUACAGAGAUACAAGAGUCAAGAAAAUUAUUUGAAAAUCUUACGAUAUUGUUAAAGUGGGAGAGAUCUAAUAAAGUAAUAGUAUUUAGAUCGAAAAUAGUAACUAGAGCCAUUAAGUCGAAUUUACUUCAAAUUUCCUCAUUAUUAACGAAAACGGAUAAUUUUGAUUUAGCAAAUGAUAUAGCUGUAAUGCUAGAUUUGUUAAGUAUGCCUGGGAAAGAUUAUUUUGUUCCAAACAUUGAACUUACACUAAAAUUGGUAAAAGCAGUACUGCAAUAUUUUUUUUUAUGUAUAGCAGAAGAAGAUAUUAUGAAAAAAGAAAAAGGCAUAAAAAUAGUUUGUCAUCUAUUAAAGGAUUUAACUUGUUAUUCUCAGUGUGCACGGGUCUUAGCACUUAGAGAUAUAUUGGUACAUUGCAUUAAUAACGAUCCAGCCAAAUAUUUUGGUGCAAAAGAAAAAUUUGAACCACAAUUUGAAGAAAUGUUACUAUUGCAUCAAAAUCAUAGGCAGGUUACAAGUACAAUGCUAGCUCAAAGAAACUCUUCUGUAUUUCAUGCUGGUGUAAUAGGACACGGUCCAAGAAGACCACCACCUGAGAACAACCUUGAUAAAGGGAUUAUUACUCUAAAUAAAAUGUUGUUAAUUGACGUGAUAAAGGCUUGUUGUAGCAAUCAGGAAUUAGAACAAUAUCCUGUUAAUUUAGAUGCAAUAACAAUGGUCAGUUUAUUGUUAGUAGAAUUAGUAUCACCUGAUGUUAUGUAUAAUGGAUUGCCAUGGCCUGACGAAGAAUUUACAAAGGUUACCGUGGAAAGAGAUUUACAAAUCCGUCGUACAUUUAAAGACGUACCUUUGCUAUGGACUCUUUUAGAAUUAACAGCUUGGUACAGACCUGCUUUAGCAUAUUGUUCUGUCUUGUUAAGAGGUAUAGCAGCUACGGUUAUGGCUAACUGGAAUAUAGAAGAGGGAGUAGCACUUUUAAAUGUUAUGGCACUUGGACAAUUGCUACCACCUCCAUUAGCAAGUAUUAGAGAUAUUCUACCUGUUCUAGAAUCUAAUCAGAUAAAUACUGUGAUGAGAGAAUGUGUAUGGGCAUACAUGCGAGAGAAUGUUCCAUCACCGGCAUUAUUUACUCGCAAUGAAGGAUCUAACGUUGCAUGGAGAGAUACGGAUACUUCUGUUCCAAACACACGUUUCAUAGAAAUACUUCGUUUGAUUUUACUCGCAAAUAUUCACAAUUUAGGUCCACUUUAUUCUACAUUGUUUUUUAAUGAACAUAAAUAAUAAUGCAAAAAUACCUUUAUAUUUUAUACGAUUGAAUAUGAAGGAAAAUAUAAACUUUUUCAUAUAAAUAUAGGAAUACAUAAUAUAAUUAUGAUGUAAAUAAUAUAA